AACCUUUCUGCCUGUCCUGAGCCUGCCUGCUGUUCUGUCCCUUAUUGACUCGGAUUAGGAACCUCUGCCUGUCCUCGACCUGCCCUUUGCUGUGUCUGCAUCUGUGUCUGCAUCUGUGUCUGCAUCUGAGUCUUAUCCUGAGUCUUGAUAUCCCCUGAGGCUGUGACAGCCUCUCAGCCUCCAUCCAUGCAUAAAGCUGUUAAGAACCACAUAGGACCUGUCAAACUCCAGGCAGCCAUGUGGUAAAUAAGGGUGUGUGUGUCUGCAUGGAAAGAGAUGUGUCCCAGUCCUCUGUCUCCAGCUCUCCAUAAAGAUUCAUUAGGGCCUCAUGUCCUAUAUACUGGGCUGCCAUGGAGUCCGUGGUUUAGUUCACUGAACUAGUGGUUUGAUGAUUUAGGGUGUUGUAUUAAGUACAAAUUAUAUAAUGUGCAUUGCUAUGUGCACCGACUUGAGUUAAGUUCAUAUUUAACUUGAGUUCCUUUAAGUUGAUGUUAUGCAAUAGUUCUUUAUAAUAAGUGGGAGGAGGAGGAAAUACAUAUUUUAUGCUGGUAUGACUGACGUCAGGGUAUUAUAGUAAAGUGAAACUAUCCUGGCCAGGUACUGGAUAUAAAGUAAUCCUCUUUCAUGUGAAGUGAAAGAAGAGAGCCAACUGAGACACUACUAGAGGCAAACACAUAAUCAGCCAUGUCACCAAACAACAAUAGGAUAGGGAGGGCCCUGAAUGCCAGCCUGUUGUACCUGCUGUUAUCUGUGUGCCUGACAUGCACCGCUACUCUGGACGAAUUCGAAGAAGAUAUUGACAUCGAUGAMGAGGAGGAAGACCUGGAGUAUGAGUACAGCAUGAAUCAAGACAGACACACCUGUGGAAGCGGCCAAACUGGUCAGUAUCCAUUCUGCAAGGACAAGAACCACUAUGUCCACACAYGGGARGAGUGUGGAGAGAUAGACGUCAAAAAAGUGAGGGUGGAAAUGCAGCUGAUGAUCCAGGACCGACAUGAGAAGGUAAAGGAGAUCGCACACGCUGCAAAGCUCAGUGAGAAAAAUGUGGAGAGGGAGAAAGAGGACACAGUGCUGUUACUGACUGAAAUAGCAAGGCUCGUUGAGAAGACCUACAUAAAAGUAAUUGAGGAGAUUGAGAAGAACCAGGAAGCAGCAGCAACCCGGGCUGUAGAGCACAUUCUAAAGAUAUCACAGGAAAUCUCUACGCUACAGAAGAGAAACAAUGAGCUAGAGCAGCUCUCCCACACUGAAGACCACCUCCACCUUCUCCAGAUGUUCCCAUCCCUGUGUACCCCACCGGCUACCAUCGACUGGUCUGAGGUCAGCGUUCACAGUGAUCCCAGUGUUGGAGCUAUGAGGAGAGCUGUGAACAAGCUGAGGGAAGCACUCGAUAGUGAAGAGAACAGGCUGUCUGCUGCUGAGUUGGGAAGGAUCAAGAAGUGUGCAGUGAAUGUGACUCUGGACCCUGAUACAGCACAUCCCUACCUCAUCGUCUCUGAAGACGGGAAACAAGUGAGAGUUGGAGAUCUCCGGCAAAAUGUCACAGACAGCCCUCAAAGGUUUGAUUUGGUUGUUAAUGUCCUAGGAAAGGAGGGUUUCUCCUCAGGGAGAUUCUACUAUGAGGUGCAGGUGGAAGGAAAGACUGACUGGGCUUUAGGAGUGGCAUCAGAAUCCAUCAACAGGAAGGGAAUAACUAUUGUGGGCCCUGACAAUGGAUACCUGGCUCUAUGGAUGAGGGGUGAGAAUGAGUAUAUAGCUCUUGAUAAGCUUCCUGUCSUCCUCUCUCUUAAUCAGACGCCCCAGAAGAUAGGGGUUUAUAUUGAUUAUGAACAGGGUCAGGUCUCCUUCUAUGAUGUGGACAACAGGUCUCAUAUCUAUUCUUUCUCCAAUUACGCUUUAAAACCUGCUAAACUUUAUCCAUUCUUCAGCACCGGCACUGACAAUGACGGUAAAAACUCUGCCCCAUUGGUCAUUACCCAAGUCAAUCAGAAACUAAGUAUUCACUUCCCAACUUUUGACAAGGCCUAAAAGUGGAUAACAGGGAAUGUUCUUUCAUAUAUAAAUGUUCAAGGAAACACUAUGUUACAUCAAAUCAUACAUUUGGUUUCUUUUUUGUUGUUGUUGUAAGUUUCAAAUGUUUUCAUUUUUCUGCAGUUAUAUCCAUUUUGUCUAAAUUAAAGGUGAUGAAUGGCAUUAACUGAUGGUCUGUAUUAUAUAAAUCAAGUGUAUCUGGAGAAAUAAAAGGAACCCAUUCAGUCA